AUGAAGAAUAGUUACUUGGAGUCACGGUGGUGCUUGGACGAGCUCGCUGAGAUAAGGAAUUGCUUGUUGAGGAAGCAACUUGACUUCGUGAUACCCGUCUUUUAUAAGGUCAAGACUUCCCACGUUGAGAAACAGACCGGAGAUUUUGGCAAACCGUUCCCAAACUUGCAGAAGAAGCAUCCACGUCUUAGGGUCUUGAGAUGGAAGAAAGCUUUGAAGUUUGUGGCUGAAACAAUUGGAUUGUCUUAUAGAGAAAAUAGUUCGAUUCCAGAGUUGGACUUCAUCAAGAACAUUGUGGAAGUGGUUAAUGGGCUUUUACGCAGAAUCGCAUUGAAAGAUAGUAAGAGCAUGCGCAACAGUGAGGCUGGGAGGUCGAGUCCUUAG